CAGGCACACAUUACAUUCUGUGCCUGCCUAAGUGCCUAGCUUCCUUUAUUAAUUCCUAUAGUGCACUCCACAAUCAGAGCAUUAUAGAUUUCUCAGGCAGUGAAAUAAAGCUACCCUUGUUCCCUGUCAGAAUCUCUCUUUUCUCUUUUGCUUUUAGUUCCAGUCCAACUAUGGCUUACCUUUAGUCUUUACAAGAAGCAUAUCAGAAAAUAAAGAGAGAAGAAUGAUGGCCUUGUGGAGGUUUAAUCUUGAAAGAAAAAGAAAAUAGCAUGUGGGACUGUUUGUUGGAACCUUGUUUGUCACUGUAUACAUUGUCUUGUUGUGACUGUGAUGCAAACAGAAAAUGACUUCUGGAGAAGGAACCCGGCUUAUGUGUCAGCAGCUAGGAAGAUAUUGAGGCAUAUCUGAAACAGGGAUUCUAGAAAUUUGCUUCCGGUGGUCAGUAAGUACUAACUACAUUUGCAAGUCACAAUCGUUAGUUUACCAGAGAGGCUUUGGCAAAUGCUUCUGGAGGUGUAAUUGGCCAAUUCAUUGAGGGGUCUGUUAUGCUAUAUAUGAAGCAGAGCUGUAGUAAUUGGGAUCAACAAUGCAGAGGAUAGUCUCUCAUUGAGGUUAUCCCCGCAGCUCGUCCAAACUGGAAGCUUGGCCCCUCCAUCUGGUUCUGCCUGUAGUGCUAUGGCAAGAGUAUCUCCCCGUUUGAUGCAUUUGGUUCUUGUUAUCAUUCUAUUUUCAGUUAGUCAUGCCAAAAAUAAUUCAUCCUCCCAAGCUCUGACCCUUUUCAGAAUUCAGCGACUUCUAAACCUUCCUGCUGUUUUGAGUAGAUCAUAUAACUACACAGAUUUUUGCAACAUCGAACCAAGUUUGUCUUUGACCGUCAUAUGCUAUGAAGAAAAAAUAACCCAGCUGCAUAUCAUUGGUGAAAAAACUGCUCCUCUUUUGCCUCGAAACUUUUCAAUUGAUUUGUUCGUAACGACUCUUGUCAGACUUCCUAGCUUGAAGGUCCUCACAUUGGUCUCUCUUGGUUUAUGGGGACCUUUGCCUGGUAAAAUCUCACAAUUAUCAGCACUGGAAAUACUUAAUGUGACUUCAAAUUUCUUUUAUGGUGUCAUCCCUCAAGAGCUUUCAUCACUAUCAAGCCUCCAAACGCUUAUACUUGAUGAUAACAUGUUUUCUGGACCACUUCAAGAUUGGAUGAGUUCAUUCCCUCUUCUGGCUGUUUUUAGUGCAAAGAAGAAUUUGUUGAAUGCAUCUUUGCCCAACUCAUUGAGUGGUUUGGUAAGUCUUAGAGUUCUUGGACUUUCUCAUAACCACUUCUUUGGGGAAGUUCCUGAUCUUAGUAGUUUGACAAACCUUCAAGUUCUUGAAUUGGAAGAUAAUGCUUUAGGUCCUCAGUUUCCUAAACUUGGCAAGAAGUUGGUGACCCUUGUACUGAGUAAGAAUAAAUUUAGGUCUGGCAUCCCUGCUGAAGUGAGCUCUUAUCAUCAGUUAGAACGGCUUGAUCUUUCUUUCAAUAUGUUUGUCGGGCCAUUUCCACCAUCAUUGCUAUCUCUACCUUCCAUAACUAAUCUUAAUGUUUCACGAAACAAAUUCACAGGAAUGCUUUUUGAAAAUUUGUCUUGCAAUGCUGAGCUUCAGUCUGUCGAUUUGUCCUCAAAUCUGUUGUCUGGAAGCUUACCUACAUGUCUUCUGUCAGAUUCUAAGGACAGUGUUGUCCUGUAUGCUAGGAAUUGUUUAUCUACUGGAAAUCAAAAUCAACAUCCACUUCCAUUUUGCCGCAACGAAGCAUUAGCUGUUGGAAUCAUCCCUGACAGAAGCAAGCAAAAAAGAGCUUCUAAAUCGAUUCUGGCAGUAGGUAUAAUUGGAGGAAUUUUCGGAGGGGUUGUACUUGUCGGCCUAAUUUUCUUCGUAUAUAGAAGAAUGAAGACCAACAAGACAAUGAAGAAGUCUCCAGCAAGAUCAAUAACAGAAAAUGCAUCAACUGGAUAUACCUCAAAGUUAUUAUCAGACGCAAGAUAUAUAUCACAAACAAUGAAGCUGGGAGCGCUUGGCCUACCAAGCUAUCGAACGUUUUCGCUGGAUGAACUUGAGGAGGCGACAAAUAACUUUGAUACAUCUACGUUCAUGGGUGAAGGCUCGCAUGGACAGAUGUACAGAGGCCAGUUAAAGGAUGGUUCUUUUGUUGCCAUCAGAUGCUUAAAAAUGAAAACAAGUCACAGUACUCAAAAUUUCAUGCACCAUAUAGAGCUCAUUUUGAAACUAAGGCAUCGUCAUUUGGUCAGUGCUCUUGGACACUGCUUUGAGUGUUACUUGGAUGAUUCUAGUGUCAGCAGAAUAUUUCUUGUUUUCGAAUAUGUACCAAAUGGCACACUAAGAAGCUGGAUCUCUGAGGGACAUCCCAGACGAUCACUUACUUGGACUCAACGCAUCUCAGCUGCAAUAGGCAUAGCAAAUGGCAUUCAGUUUUUGCAGACAGGGAUCAUCCCCGGUGUAUAUUCAAAUAAACUUAAAAUAACAGAUAUUUUACUGGAUCAGAAUCUUGUUGCAAAGAUUAGCAGUUAUAACCUUCCGCUCCUAGAAGAAAAUAUGGAGCAGUCCUCUUCAUCUUUGCAGGUUGGUGAAGGAGUUUCUUCAGGUGGAUCCACAAGUUCCCAUGUUGGUGCAAGGAUGAAACAUGAGGAUGCAACUGAUGUUCACGAUUUUGGAGUAAUAUUGCUGGAAAUGAUCAAGGGAAGACCAGUCAAGUCUAUGACUCAAGUGGGAGUUUUGAAAGAUCAGCUACAAGUGGUUAUUGCAGCUGAUGAUGCAGCUCGAAGAAGCAUGGUUGAUCCACGAGUUAAGCAGACAUGCUUGGAUCAAUCAUUGAAGACAAUGAUGGAAAUUUGUGUCAGGUGUCUGCACAACGAGCCGGCAGAUAGACCUUCUUUCGAUGAUGUUCUGUGGAACUUGCAGUAUGCUGCACAGGUUCAGGAUGCAUGGCAGCUGGGAGAAUGCUUGAGCAGUGAUGGUUCCCCAGUUUCACCUUCACAACCUCCACGUCUCACCUUUUAGUAUGUAGCAAGUUGCAGGUUCCAAUUAUCAUGUUUCUGGUAUUCAUAUAUAUGCACCUCACUUGUUAGCUCCUUGUGUAACUGAUGAACAUAUACCUAUAAUUUUUAAAAGUAUAGAUCGGGUAUCAUUUGGCUACUAAA